GUAUUACUACUAUAGUAUUGAAAAGCAUUGAAAUAAUUGUUUUUGUUUUGUUUGUUGUUUUCAUACGAUUGACGACUAAAUUAUUUCAAUCAAAACAAACAAACAAACAAUCAAUCAGUCAAUCAAUUACUAAAUCAAUACUAAAAACUAUUGAAACCAUUAAUUAAUUUGUUAACGACAUAAACAACAACAACAACAUCGGGUAACAGUAUUAUCAUUCAAUACACAACAACAACAACAACAACAACAAACUGUGGCAACAAUUUACAGUGAGAUUGUGUGGGUGUGUGGGUGUGUGACUGUCAAUAGCCGGACGUCGAUAGAUGUGAUUGAAGACAACAACAACAGCAACAACAAAGACAUCUGACAAAAAUUGAAGUAAAGACACGUUUUGUUUGUUUGUUUGUUUGUUUGGUCACAAAGUUUGUGUCAAAAAAAAAACAACAACAAAUAACAGACAAUGAAAUCCAUGAUUAGACCAUUGAUGGCGACAAAAGUGAUGCGAUUGUUAUUAAUGAAUAAGACAUUAUCAGCAAUUGUCCGCAAAAACAUUGAUCACCGAUUGAUGGCAACAGUGAUAUCUAGUGGUCGCCACCAAUUAGAUCGGCAAAUAAUGUAUGAAAACAUCAAUCAAUUGUUGGCUAUGAAUAGCAUGAAAGCGAAAACUGAUUCAAAGACACGACUCAGACAAGAGAUUAUCGCUAGUCUUCCAUCAGAUGAUCCGAUGGUAAAGACAUUAAAUAUCAGUCAAUGGAUUGAAGAUAUCGAGGAAUAUACCAUUGAUAUUAACGAUUAUGACGACCCGUUAACCAGUUUGUUGUGCUCCAAGUAUUUCACACGCGACACGUGCGACCAGUUUAUGAAUAUUAAGUACUGUACUAACAAUGGACUGCCAAUAGAAAUGCUUAAUGCAAAUCAAAGUACAGAUAUCGACUUUCAAUCAAAUCAAUUCAAUGAAUCCCAUUCAAUGAAACAAUGUUUGAAACAAAUUAUUGUCAAUAAAAACAUAAAUAUAAGACACGAAAAUCCGAUCUAUUCGUUUGCCUCACAAGUACUCUAUAAUCUUGAUUACGAUAUACCCGAUGUCUAUUUGACUAAAAAUUUAUUAACAUUUAAUAUCUACUAUAACUCUAUACGAAACACUGUUACGGGAAGGGCUGACCUAUUGGUUAGAAAAAAUUGUCUAUUGAAUGGACCAAUUGGUCUAACAAUGGCAUUCAAGUCAAUGAAACAAUUAGAAGUUGAUGGCUUGCUAUACAUUGAAAAUGCAAAAUCGCAGCUAAUUUGUGAACUGAUUGCUAGCGCUAAUGAAAAUCAGCGACGACUCGGUGGUAGCGGUGGUUGUACUGGUAGUCAGUCUAACAACAACAGUAUUAAUCGUAUUGAUUACGGGAUUUUAGUUGCGUCUACUAAAUGGUAUAUAACCGGCGCCCAGAUUACCGAUUCAUAUUUGACGGCUUUGUCCACUAAGAGACUUACCGCCGCUGAUCCGAAACUAAUCCUAUUUGAUGGCCAUUACUGGACUGAUGGUCUCGACUGGCAUUGCGAUAACCAACGCAAACAUAUCAUCAGAUUUUUAAUUAAUCUCAGACAACAACUAAUUGGACACUAAAAGAUAAUAUAAUUGUUUUUUGUUUGUUUUUAAAACAACUGAUUAUGUUUUGUCUGAUAUAUUAUUAUUUGAAUUAUUUGCCAAAUUUUUUUAAAAUAAAUAUUUUUCAUUAGAGAGAGAGAGAGAGAGAGAAAGAGAGGGAACGUAUGAGUUAUAUAUAGUUAGAGAGAGAGAGAGGGAGAGUAUUAGUGAUAGAAUGGGAGAGAUAGAGGGGAGAGGAAUUGGGAGGGAAGGGAUGAGAUAUAUGGUAUAUGUUUA